CACGGAAACCCUCUCCCGCUGCAGGUCUGGUGUCUAUCAUGAUGGCGGGCGUGUCUCUUGUGGCGUUGGUGGACGACCCUUCCCACGCCCACCUCCCCGACCCGACCGCCUCCUCCCGCCCUUCCCCGCCCACCAAGCCUAAGCAAGAUAAAGGCGUGACUAAUACUAACACCAACAUGACUGUGAGGGACCUAGCGCGUUCUCCCUUCCUGUGGGUGGUUUCUGUCAGCUACAUGGUCGUGUUCUGCAGCAAGACAGCGCUGUCGGACUGGGGGCAGAUCUAUCUCAUCGAGGAACUUGGACGGUCCCAAAUGCAGGCGAGCUCCUUCACGAGCGCCAUAGAAACGGGUGGCUUCAUGGGCGGAAUCCUCGCCGGUGUGAUCACGGACAAGAUGGCACGGAAGCUGAGAAUAGUUGGGAAUGUGAGGCUAAUGGUCGCAGCUGGCUUCAUGGUUGCCUGCGCCGUCGGUCUCCACUUGCUGUGCUAUCUCCUCUCGCCGCAGUCCUCUCAGCUUCUCGUCUCCGCGGUGGGCGUGCUGCUCGGGGCCAGCAUGUUCGGGCCGAUUUCCAUCUACGGCAUCGUGGCGUCCGAAUCCUUCCCCGCACAUCUGUCUGGCACUGCGCAUGCCGUGGUGGCCCUCGCUGCCAAUGUCGGCGCUGUGGUCGCCGGUUGGCCGCUGAGUUGGGUCGCCAGAACUUUCUCGUGGAACGGGGUCUUCCUGCUUCUCGAGAUCCUGGCUGCGUCUUCUGUGCUCCUCAUCCUCCUCAGCAGAAGAAUACACGUCACACUCAAGGCCAAGGAGCAGUAGAUUAUAUGUGUAUAUGUUGUUUUUAUUUUUUAUUUAGCUUUUUUUAUGUUUAGGUUAACCUGUUUUUUCCUAAUUUUCUUUAUUCUUUGUUUCUUUUUCUAUUCCAUUCUUUUCUUUUUUAAUCAUUAUUUUCUUCUCAGUUCACUUCUUUAUAAUAAUUUCCUAUCUAAUCACGUUUUUAUCAUGUAUGUUAGUAACUUUUCAUGUAUUUACACACAGCAAAUUUCUUUAUUUUGAGAAAUAUGCAGGACUAUAUACUAUGCAUAUAAACUAGUACUUAAUUAUUUUCCAGUACUAUUCGUUGUAAAUCUCUUUACAAUAACAUGUAAAAAGUACGUGAAUCGCAUACUGAAGAAUCCAUCCAUAUCCUUUGUAGAUAAAUAAAUAAAAAUAUACAUUAACAAA